GUGACAGCUGUCGCGCACGCGCGUCGCUUCCAACAGCCGAAGCUCAGGCCAAGCCAAGUCCUCGACUGCCCGCCCGCGCCCUGUGCCAUGUGAGGCACGCACACGCUGCCCUCCAAUUGUCUAACGGUGCUGAUUAAAUGGGUUCCAACCUCGACAAUGCCACCACUCUAUCACCCGACGAGUCGCCCUCAAAGUCCUCCUUCUUCUCCCGUCUCGCCGCACCGUUACGUUCCCGCUCCCGUAACCUCGCCGACUUUCAUAUCCGCCUGAAGGAGCCACAUCGUCAAUACUCAGCGGGUGACCACGUCCAAGGGUCUGUGGUUCUAUCUGUCGUGAAGCCAAUCCGCGUAACGCACCUUACCGUCACAUUGCAUGGCUACGUCCGUGCCUUCAAGAGCGCCAGCGCUGCUGCCCAGGUCGUCACAUACAACCCCGCCCUUGUACCGCACGGUGGUCGGAAUGGCCGCUACCACGGGAAUGGACAUGCAUCUCUUUUUCAGGAUGAAAUCGUCUUGUGUGGCGAGGGGAGGUUACAGGCUUCGAGAUGGGAGUUUGAAUUUGACCUUCAGUUCCCCGCUGAUUUAGAGUUGCCGAGCAGCAUCGAGUUUGAAAGGGGCACGAUAGCUUAUUUUGUGACAGCCACAUUGACUCGUCCGACAACAAUAGCUCCCACUUCCACUUGUGAGACUAGAGUCUCUUUAAUAGAGAAGGUGGACGUGGGCUUGAUAGAUCCCCCCAGGGAACGCAGGGUCUUUUUACAGACUAUGAAGCGGCGGUCAAAAAAAGGGAAGGCCGUGAUCUCGCCCGUAGCACAGGUGGCCAAGCCCCAUCCAACUCUAACCGAGUUGACAGAGGCGGCAUCAGACCGCGAUUCGAGGACGACGGAGAGUCCAAAUAACAGCACUAUGAACUUGGGCAACCCUGCACCACCACAUUUCGAGGUCGGCAAUUUGCCGCCCAACCCAGCUAUACCGGCCGACGUACAAAGCGAGAUCAGCGGUGACAGUGCUGCGAGUAAUAACAGUGUGUCUUAUAGUGUUCGCGGUGCGGAUGCUAGUGGUGACUCUACAACAGGGAGUAAGCACUCAGGGCAGGAUGAGAGAGAAAUCACCGCUACGGUGGAACUGCUGAAAGGUGGUUGCGUCGCGGGCGAAUUGGUACCAGUGAGGAUCAGAGUUGAGCAUAAUCGUUACAUGAAAAGCUUAAAUGGCAUCAUUGUAACGCUUUAUAGACAAGGUCGUGUGGAUUGUGCUCCUCCGAUAUCUUCAUUUACGGGUUUAUCCAAGGAGGACGCGAAAAGGAUAGAGCGGGAUGAAUAUUACCCUAGGUCGAAGACUGGACUGAGUGGUCUAUCAUUAUCUUCGGCAGGCUCAUGCAGUGUCUUCCGGAAAGACCUUUCCCAAUCAGUGGCUCCUCUUAUCAUUAAUCCUACUACUCUCACAGCGAAUAUAACGACGGCAGUUAGAGUGCCGGACGAUGCUUUCCCCAGCAUCAGGAAUGUACCAGGCGGCUUGAUCACUUUCAAGUAUCACAUUGAGGUCAUUGUCGACCUAGGUGGUAAACUGGCUGGCCCUUCGAGUAGCGCUUCACAAUCACAGCAUCCGAACCGAAUGGUCUCGUCCGCUUCAGUACGCGGUACUUAUGGGAUCGAUAUGAACCUCUCGGCAGGCUGGAAUAAUACAAUCAUAGACACUGAUCAUAUCAGGCGAGGAAAAGGUGUCAUUUCGGUCUCCUUCGAGGUUGUUAUCGGAACGACGGACAGCUCCAAGUCGCGAGGGAAAUCUGUUGCACGCCCUUAUCCAGCAGUGCGAACUCCUACUCAAGGUGAACCGCCCGAAGAGGAGGAACCAUACGAUUAUGACUGGCAAAACACAUAUAAUGGUGAUCCUGAAUAUCAGGAAGACUAUAACCCUAGUGGCUUUCAAGAGCAACAGCCACGCUAUUACCCCGUGGCACCGCCACAGACCGCGCAUUAUGAUUUCCAAACCCAUGAGACACAAGUCCCCGUCUACGUACCACCUCCAGAAAUUGCCGACGAGAGCAAUCUUACGGACAAAGAGCGCGCGCGACGGGCUGAGCAACGGUUACUUCCAAGCCAGCCCCCUACACAGAGCCCAGAGGCAGUUGCUGGUCCGUCACAACCUUCUGCCCCAGAUCAAACAGCUUAUUCAGAGGUCCAUGAUUCUUUCAACAUUAGUUCACAGUCAGGGCCAAACCCGAACAGCGAGGUAGAAGGAGAAGCAUCAGCACCUAAUUUAGCGGACUUGGGGGUCGGUUCUUCUCAGGGUCCUACAGACGAUAAGCAAGAGCUGGAGCGUCAAAGGCUAUUGGCGGAAGCAAGUGCCCCGCCGGAAAUACCCGAGGACUGCGCGGGGCCCUCUGCUCCUCCCGUCCUCAAUCCGACUAGCAGGCCGUUACCCUCGUGGUCUCAUGAGCCGUCUGCACCAACCUUAGAUGAGGAUAAUGGGGGUGGUGAAAACGGAGACAGUUACCGCGCUUUAGUUGAGAGGCCUAACGGCACGGGGACACUAGAACCCUUACCUAGGUAUGAACGGUAACAGGCAUGGAAAUCUUUGUGUCACAUAUUCAUCACUACCAGGCGUCUAAAUAUAUCAAGGAGUGAUUUCAAUCAUGUUAUAU